CUGAGUCUGAGGAGCGCAGAGGAGGAGCGCGAGCCGGGAGCGCCAUGCCUGUUCUGUCAUUCCGUAUAGUGCCUGGAGUUGUCACGAAUAUUUCCGGCAAACAAUGUAUCGCUGUCACAGAAAUAAGUAAGUAGUCAGUUUAAUAAUAAAACAAGGAAAAAGUCAACACUCAGAGGAAACCAUACGUAGGAUGGGCGAACGGGAGGAAUUUGCGUUUGACGUUAAAACCACUGGAUCCAAGUGGCUGCUGCCUGUCAGUGAAUACUUGGGCUUUCCUCUUGAUCAGGUGAAUUUCUUGGCGUGCCAGCUGUUUGCCCUGGCUGCUGCCUUCUGGUUCCGUCUCUACCUCAGUCCUAGCCAUGCCAAUCCCCUGGUCCGGCACGCUGUGGCCGCUCUCCUUGGCAUCGUCUUUCUCAUCUUCUGCUUUGGAUGGUACUCAGCCCACAUCCUGACAGUGGUGCUUGCAAGCUACUUGAUCAUCAUCAAAGCUGACAUCAACAAUGUACACAGGUAUUCCAUGGUGACGGCUAUGGGCUACUUGACAGCGUGCCAAGUGAGCAGAGCCUUCAUCUAUAACUAUGGAGUUCUGUCCACGGACUUCUCUGGGCCUCUGAUGAUAGUAACCCAGAAGAUAACCACACUGGCUUUCCAGCUCCAUGACGGUAUGUGUAAGAAAUCCGAACAACUGACCUCUGAGCAGAAGCCUCUGGCUGUUAAUGUGAGGCCUUCUCUCAUCGAGUACCUGAGUUACAAUCUGAACUUCCUGAGUGUCUUUGUGGGACCAUGCAGUAACUACAAAGAAUACAUAGACUUCAUAGAGGGCCGACACAUCGGCAAGAGGCUUAGGCAGCACUUUGGGACGUGUAAUGGCCAGAACGGCUAUGAUAAGACACCAGACCCAUCACCUCUGAACGCUGUCUGUCGAAAAUUGCUGGUGUGCAGCGGAUGUAUGCUGCUCUUCCUCACUGUGACUCGGUCUUUCCCGAUAACGUACAACGUGGACCCCCAUUUUGUCAGUCAAGCCCCCUUCCUCACAAGGCUCGCCUACGCCUUCUUCUCUAUACAAGCAGCAAGGCCCAAAUUCUACUUCGCCUGGACACUAGCUGAUGCAGUCAACAACGCUGCAGGUUAUGGUUUCUCGGGGUUGGAUAAAAAUGGAAAGCCAUCUUGGGACCUCAUCUGCAACCUCAACAUCUUAGGGAUUGAGACCGCGACCAGCUUCAAGACAUUCAUAGACCACUGGAAUAUUCGAACAGGAAUUUGGCUUAAAACGGUGUGUUAUGACCGAGCCCCUAAGCACAGGUUGGCGUUGACCUUUAUCCUGUCUGCCCUGUGGCACGGUGUUUAUCCGGGGUACUAUUUCACCUUCAUCACCGCCAUCCCCAUCACUAUGGCAGCACGAGCUGUACGGAAGUCUGUUCGCCAUUACUUUCUGGGCUUCGGGGGCUUGAAGCUGAGCUACGACAUCUUCACUUGGGCAGCCACUCAGCUGGCCAUCUGCUACACUGUUAUGCCUUUCCUUCUUCUUGCAGUAGAGCCCACUUUGGUUUAUUACAGGUCUAUGUACUUCCACGUUCACAUCAUCAGCAUUCUGGCUGCGAUCGCCCUGCAUUGGAAACACAAACCCAGUGAACCCUCUGCCGCCACCAAAACGUUUUCCUCCUCCUCCUCCUCCUCCUCGCCUCCCUGCUCAGCACAGUGCCAGCCUGUUCACUCCAACAACAAUGACAAAGUAGAUUGAGUAAAAUCCCCUCUUCACGCUCUUUUACCAGGCUCUCAGUCGAGAGGGUUCUCUCAAAGACAAGUGAAUAUCCCUGAAGGGCAUUCAGCCAAUUAAAAACGGGAACACGUUAUUUAUUUUUUGGGACAGUACAGAUACAUAUCCUAUGGCACUGGACGUACAUGGGGAGAGCUUUUCUGCCAUAGUGUGAAGUUUAACAAGAUCAGAACCUGAUUCUAAUUCUAAGACUACACAAGCACAAACAUGAGCACAGCAUGCAAACUGGCAAGACAAACAUUAUCUGAGGGAACAUCUGCGGUACCACCGCCAGGACGCUGGCCUCCACCUGCCCCCACUCGUCCACUUUCUCUCCCUCCAGGCCCCAUCACAGCACCAGCCUGCCUGCUCCAACAACAAUGCAACAGUGUGAAGAGAGAAAGGAGGCUCACUUUAUGUCUCGUCCUCUAUCUGCGCCGUCCUGCCGAUUGGUGGGCUCUGAGCCAGCACAGUGGGAGAGCAGCUCAUAAACAGGGCACGAAUACCAGGACACACACACAGACAGACACUGGGACACAAAUAUGCUCAUACUCUCUCUUAGACACGCUCGCACUUGGUCACACUCUACAUACAAAGGCUGCUCUUGUGUGGCCACAACAACAGCAUACCAAGAGGAGAGAGAGCCCUGGUUCGUAUGUAUGUGUGUGUGUGUUACUUUGUGUGUCGGCCCACUAACCUCUGUCACUGACCCCGUGUGAGUGUAUGUGUGUGAGUGUAUGUGUGUGUGUGUGGACCCUGUCAUGAAAAACUGUGGACUGAGUGGAAUGGCACUUGAAAUACCAAUUAGACCAUGCGGCUCCCAAACUGUCCAUUGAAAGAGCUGCUAAUGAAGUGUUUUAAGGCAGGCUGUCAGCUCCUCCAGGUGAGGAGACCAGACCAUUCUGUAGAACAAGUCAACACGUUAGAGUUUCUAUGGAUAAUCCCGGGCUUUUAGGGAUACUAUUUUUAAUAUAAAAGGAAAGGCUUAACCAUUGAAAGCAAAAGCCUGGGAUUUAAUGAGCGUCCUCAGUCCACUUUCCCUCAGAGAGCUCUUUUGUGCUGAAGCAGUAGGGAAUUUAACAGUGACAUAGUUUUUAAUGUGUUAGUACUUUACCACGUGAACGGUGCUGGUUACCUGGUAUCAUGAUGUAGAGUAUCUGAACAAAAAGCUGUGGUGAAACUGAGAGGAAACACAUUUUUUGGGGAGUCAAAAAUCGCACACUCAAAGAAUGGAAAAUGUGACGAAAAAUAGAAAUUUAAAAAUCAAAUGUAUUUCUUCUCAGUAGGAGCACGGUGCUGUGACCGUUCUGUGGUUCUUUGUGAGAAAGACCACAUUUGAAGACUCUCGAUUUACCAGAGCCUAUCAGCAGCUGCAAGUUGAUUUAACAGAGACAUCUGCUGGUGGUUUGCUCUGUCUGAACUCUGCUGAAUUAAGCAAUGAAGGUAAGCCAAUUUGGACUGACUGCCAUGCUGCAGCAUCUCCCAAUGCAACUUCAUAAAACUCUGAAAGCACUUUUCCCCCUCUGAUAUUACAAUUUCUCAACACAAUUCACAAUUUCUUCCCUUCACUAUCGUUUACUUUAGCAAAAUCACAGUUGAUGAGUCAUGAAGGUGAUGCUUAUGAUUAGAGAUAAGCUCAACAUGGUGGAAAAAAAAGGUACAUUCACUUUUUAAAAUUCUGUUAUUUUCUGUUAUCAAGAAGUUAUGAGAGAUUUAGGAGCAUUGGGAACUUUAAAAGUGUCACAGUGGCUUGUUAUUAAUGUUGCUACCUGCUGUAAGCUAGCAUGUCAGCUUUUAGCUACAUUUAUUGGUUGGUUAUAAUAAGUUGUGCUAACGAUGCUAACAAUGUGCAAUGCAAGAAUAUUAUUUUGGAAGACAAAAAAUGACAUUUCCCUUGAAAUGUCAGGCUGUCCGUUUCAUUGCAUUAUAAGAUUAGCCUAAAGAAAAUGCAAUUCAUUUCUUUGAGUACAGCAUGUUAACAGCACGGUGAAUCAUGUUGGACACACAAUCUUUAUUAGCGGCUUUGAAAUUUAGUCUUAACCUUUCGACCACAGGAAAAAUGGAUUGGAUUUGCCUGUUUUUGCUCAAUUUACAUAUUGACUCAACCCUCUGAUUUCUAUUCUUAGCUUUGCUCUGACAAGAAGGACCCAGUUCACACACAAGUGUUGACAUGAGGGGAGGGGUAGCAUGCACUGAAUUAACAUUAUUAUUAAAUAAAUACCAGAUUGUUCAAGAUUUUAAAGGAAACAAGAACUUCCAAAUUCAACUAUUGUUAAUUGGCUAAUUAGAACAAAUCUCUUUCCAAUCAAACCAUUGAUAUCUUUGUCAUUUUGUCAUAAAGAUGGCAAUAUUUCUUUUGUUGUUGAUUAUUUUAAUGUUUUAAUGCACAUUAGUACCUCUCGGGGUUAAUUAAGUGUCAGUAAUGACUGCUAUGGGGACCGUUAUACUGUACAAGAAGCCUACAGUUAUAAUCAUUUAGAUCUGGAAAAACAGCAACUAAAUGCUGACGGUCAUAAAGUUUGUCCCCACGACGGCCACUGUCAAAGGCUGACUGCACCUAAACGCCUCAACAGGUGUGUGUGCCGAGUGGUCUAAAAACUCUUCUCAAGUAUGGCUUU